GGGAUGCAAAUAGAAAAUAAGAGGAGCAAAUGAAAUAUGAUAUAUGGGUCCACUAUUUUACUCCUCAACCUAAACCCAGGAAUUUUGUUAUUUUUGAAUAAUUGUAUUGCUUCCUUGCACAAAGACAAACCCACCAACUGUAUGAUAGUUUUCUUGUGAGAAGAAAGAGAACAUAUGUACAGAUUUUCAUGUGAAUCAUGGCAAACAGCAAAUAUGAGUAUGUCAAGUGUUUUGAACUUGAGGAUGAGGUGAUGUUUCCGAGUUUUAUCCUUGUUUCGAUCAAUGCUUGUAAUCUUUCCAAGCCUUAUGAUGUAAAUGCCUUGAAUUUGAUGAACUCUUGUGCUGUUGCGGUGCUCGAAGAGUUUGCUGAUGUAGUCCUCGCAUAUGGGUUUAGUGAUGAGUAUACAUUUGUUUUCAAGAAGAGCACCAAGUUCUAUGAAAGGCGAGCUAGUAAAGUGUUAUCCAUUAUUUCUUCUUUUUUCUCAUCACUCUUUGUGAGAAAAUGGCGCGAAUUCUUCCAACAGAAGGAACUACAUUCUCCUCCUUCUUUCCAUGGGAAAGUUGUAGCUUGUGCAUCCACCGACGCCCUUCAAGCUUAUCUUUUGUGGAGGCAAAAUAUCUGUCAUUUGAAAAAUCAAUAUGAUCAAUGCUUUUGGCGACUUGUGGAGCGCGGAAUGAAUGAGAGGGAAGCACAAGAGUUCAUUGAUGGAGCUAAGAAACGCGACUUAAAUGAUAUUUUAUUUGAUGAGUUCAAUGUCAAUUACAAUACACUGGAUCCAAUAUUUCGACAAGGUUCCUGUAUUCUAAAGACAAUGGUAGGGGCUGUGGUGAAGUACACAGAAACGGGUGCUCCAGUUAAAAGACAAAGAAGAGAGAUAAUCACAGUGCAUUCCAAGAAAAUAGCAAGCACGCGAUUUUGGAAUGAACAUUCUAUUCUUUUGAAGGAGCUUGGUGUUUUUGUGGAGGAGAUUAACAAUGUGAAACCGGAGUAUGUCAGGUCCUUUGAGUUUGAUAGCAAGUUGAUGCCAUUUACAUGGGUUGUAGUUCGAAUAGAUGGAUGCCACUUCCACAGAUUUUCUGAGAUACAUGACUUUGCGAAGCCAAAUGAUGAUAGAGCUCUUAACUUGAUGAAUUCAUGUGCGGUUGCUGUCUUAGAAGAAUUUAGGCAGGAUAUAGUCUUUGCUUAUGGGGUUAGCGACGAGUAUAGUUUCAUUCUUAAGAAAUCCACCGAUCUUUAUGAAAGGAGAGCUAGUAAAAUCAUAUCAGCCAUUGUGUCUUUCUUCACAUCCUCUUACGUGAUGCGAUGGAAAGAUUUCUUCCCUCAAAGUGAGUUAAACUACCCUCCUUCUUUCGAUGCACGAGCAGUGUGCUAUCCAUCUGCUGAGAUAUUACGGGACUAUCUUUCGUGGAGGCAAGUGGAUUGUCACAUAAACAAUCAAUAUAACACUUGUUUCUGGAAGCUUGUUGCAUCAGGAAAAAGCAAAAGAGAAGCUCAGCGUAGUCUAAAGGGUGCUCAACUGCAAAAGAAAAUUGAAGAAUUGGCUAUUGACUAUAAUAAAUUGCCAGUGAUGUUCCGACAAGGGUCCUCAGUUUUUUGGGAUAGGGUAGACAAUGUUCUCAUCCAUCAGGAGAAUGGAGAGUCUUCCGAAAAUUAUGGAAAAGUCAUUGUACAACACAUUGACAUCAUUGGAUCAGCCUUUUGGCUAGAACACCCUGGUAUCCUUAGAGGAUUUGAAGCUCCAAAUUGAUUCAAAAGAUGAUGAUGGAGAAACUGCUCUCAUUCAUGCUGCGCGGCAAGGACACACUGCCACUGCUAAGUAUUUUAUUGACCAUGGUGCUGAUCCUACCACAUUGAACUCUACGGCGUUGCAUCAUUCUGCUGGGAUAGGUUUUUUUCUUGAUUUUGCUCUUGGCUUUUUUUCAUUUUGUUAUGCGAUGAAACAAAUUUACUUGUUCAAUGUACUGUUUGGUUUCGAUUGACUUAUUUGAGUUUAACCACCAACAUGGGCACUUGUGAGUCUGAUUGGAAGAGCUUACAAAAACAAUUUAUAGAUAUCAAGUUUUUUUUAGAUUUUUUAGAUAAGCUCUCUAGGAUAAUGCAUUUUUUAAUGCAUUUUUUUUUGUAACAAAGAUGUCUUCGACCAAAUUUGAGAAGUUUAAGGUUUUUAUAUUGAAAUCUAAGAAAGCGGUUGAGCUUCGGUUUA